CCAUAAUUCGUAUGGAACAGUCAAUAUGUUGCUUGAAGUACUGUUGGCUGCUGUCUUGGGGGCCAUCAUUUAUCUGUUCCUUACUAAGAAAAAGGAGGAAACGUUACCCAUGGGUGAUGGAUGGUGGGGCAAAGGACCAAAGCCUGAAUCUGAAGAAGAUGCAACUAUUCAUCCUUUUAAGGUGGAAACUUCAGAGGCCGAAAUCAAUUACUUACACAGAAGACUUGAUGAAGCUAGAUUCACUGAGCCAUUAGAGGGCAGCUACUUUCAUUAUGGAUUUAAUUCAACUUAUCUUAAGAAGGUUAUUUUUUAUUGGAGAAAUCAGUUCGACUGGAAGAAGCAAAUUGAAGUUCUCAACCAAUUUCCACAUUUCAAAACAAAGAUUGAAGGAAUUGAUGUCCAUUUUCUUCAUGUAAAACCUUCACACAUGCCCGAAGGCCAAACUACCAAACCAUUAUUAAUGAUUCAUGGCUGGCCUAGCUCCAUCUACGAAUUUUACAAAAUUAUCCCUCUCUUGACGGACCCUUUGAGCCACAACCUGAGCGGUGAUCAUAUUUUUGAAAUCAUUUGCCCAUCUAUCCCUGGCUUUGGUUUUUCAGAGGCACCUCACAAGAGAGGGUUUAAUUCUGUAUGCUGUGCUCGGGUCUUUUAUAAACUGAUGCUCAGACUGGGCUUCCGUGAAUUCUACACUCAAGGAGGGGAUUGGGGCGCGAUAACCGCUGUCAAUCUGGCUCAGAUAGCUCCAAGACAUGUGAAAGGCCUGCACAUAAACAUGACAACAGUGACUACUGUAGGAUUUAAGCAGCUUCUAUCCCUUCUAUUGGGACAGUAUUUUCCACGACUAUUCGGUUUCCAGGCUGAGGAUGUCGAACGGAUGUUUCCUUUGAAAAAAAAAGUCUUCUACAAGUUCUUGAGGGAGACCGCCUAUUUUCACAUACAAGCUACAAAGCCCGACACCAUUGGCUAUGCCUUCAAUGACUCUCCUGUGGGAUUGGCUGCAUACAUCUUGGAGAAGUUUUGUGUCGGCACUGAUCCCAACUACUGCUAUCUAGAAGAUGGAGGACUAGAAAAGAAGUUCACUUUGGAUGACCUUCUCACCAUCGUCAUGAUCUACUGGGUUUCGGGUUGCAUUACUACUUCAAUGCGCUUUUACAAAGAGAACGCAAGGAUUGGCAGAGGCGUAAACAAACAUGAGAAGGUCAUUGUGAAGGUUCCUACAGGGGUUGCUUCAUUUCCCAAUGACCCCUUAAACAUUCCUCGGUCAUGGCUUCAGCAGAAGUGUGUCAACAUCAUUUCAUUCAACUACAUGCCCAGAGGUGGUCAUCAGGCGGCUUUGGAGGAACCAGAGCUUUUCACAGCAGACUUUCUACAGUUUGUGGAGAAGGUAGAAAAGGGCAACAUUGCCAAAUAAAGAAGAAAUGACUUGUUUUGCUUGUGGGCUGCUGUAACCAACACCGCA